AUACCCUCUGCUGUCCACACGAAUCGAACCGACUGAAGGGUACAAGGAGGGUGCUGACGGGGCUCUUUCCAAUACAAACAAAGCGGAGAGAUCAGGUGCACUGUCCACAGUGAAAGUCAUUAGAUCAUUUAAUCGUUGGCUAGCUGUUGUGUCCUGGAACGCAACAUUAUCCGGCCUUCCAGAAGUUCCACAUAAUUCUGCUUCGGCACAUAUCCAUCGCCCUAACUGCAGCGGUGGCUGCAUUCGGGUCCGCGAUGUUUAUGGCGUUAAAUUAUUUAUACAGAAGGCGAAUAUGGUCUCCCCAAGCGGAAUAUUAUAUGAUCAAAGAGGAGGAGGGUGGACAGCGCCAGGUGCUAGUCCUUGGCCUAGACGGAGCUGGGAAGAGCAGUAUGCUUCAGGGGUUGACAGCCACAGACGGAGACAAGAGAGGGCACUGCUGUCCCACCAGGGGUUUCAACUUUAUGAGCCUCAGUGCCCCUGCCCGUCAGCUGGAUUUCCUAGAAAUUGGAGGGGCUGAGGAUUUGCGUAUGUACUGGGCAGAGUACCUGGGGAAGACUCAUGCCCUGGUGUACGUGGUUGACUCCUCUGAUAGACCACAUCUCCCACAGGCCAAGGCUGAGCUGCAUCGCCUCCUCAGACUGCACUCACAACUUCCUGUGGUGGUCCUGGGGAGCAAACAGGACAAGCCAGACGCAUUGAGUGUGUCAGAGCUCCAUGAGGCCCUGUCUCUGGGGGCGGUGGCUGACAAGAGGAGGCUGUUCCUACUGGCUGCCCAGCUAGGCUCAGAUGGCCUGAUUGUCUCCCGUAAUCUGCAGGCCUUCCAGGACUUGCUUCUACAGCUCGUCUGAUGCCCCAGGGCAGGAGUAGUGAAAAGUGGGUUGACCAGGCAUGUGGGAUGGGGAAAGUAGUCCAUUGAUGUGCCCGUGUGGUAAGGACCAGUGGCAAUUGGCCAUGACUGAGUGUGAAUACUUUUGAACUAGAGUAGAUCCUUCAGGGCCAUCUGGAAGGCAGGGAGCGAAAAUGGUUUGAUACAGUCAGGUCCAUAAUUAUUGGCACCCUUGAUAAAGAUGAGCACAAAAGACUGUAUAAAAUAAUUAUCGGCACCCCUGUUUUCAGUACCCUUGCGAGGAUAACCACACUGAGCCUCUUUAAAAAUACUUUAUGAGAUUGGAGAACACAUUAGGAAGGAUCUUAGACCAUUCCUCCAUAUAGAAUCUUUCCAGAUCCUUGAUAUCCUUAGUUUGAGCUUAUGGACUGCCCUCUUCAAUUCAAAUAAUGCUUCCGUAUGCUUCCCUUUUUCGACGCCAAACCCAGCCGAUGUGCAUGGCCAAAGAGCUCCAUUUCAUGUCAUCUGAACAUAGCAUCGCCUGGAGUUUGAUAAACGGCAUUGGCAUUUGGAUUGGAACCGGCGCUAUGGUCAGAUCACAUGAAAAUAAAGCUUUUUGGCCACACAGACCAGAAGCAUAUGCAGAAAAGUACCUCAUACCGAGGUAAAAUAUGGUGGUGGAUUGUUGAUGUUAUGGGGCUAUUCUGCUUCAACUGGUCCUGGAGCCCUUGUAACACCAGUUAGCAUUGUCUCUCGAAACUACCUUUUAACUUUCUACAUACUGGACACAGAGACACAAAAAUGCUAUCCAUGAGUUUGGAAAGUAGCGCUCACAAAAAAUAUUGCGUACAUACACUAUAUAUACAAAAGUAUGUGGACACCCCUUUAAAUUAGAGGAUUUGGCUAUUUCAGCCAUACCCAUUCCUGACAGGUGUAUAAAAUGUUUUGUUAUUAUUAAUAAAAACAUAUGUAAGACAGUUGUACUGCAAACAUUUUUUAUAUAUAUAUAUAUAUAUAUACACAUUGUAGAGCACGGUUAGUACCAUGAAAUUGGCUUGUCCCUCAGCUCAGGAGUCAUGGUUUAGAGACAUUUUGAGUUAGAAAAAAGAUUUUUCUCCUUCUUUAAAUGACAUGAUACAACAGAAAGUAUCAUAGUUAUUUAGUGGACUACUUAAAUGGAAAUAUCAAAUAAAUAUUACAAAUAAUUUACAAGUAAUAGCUGUCCCUCGAUUUCAUGUCACUGGUGUUAAAAUGUAUACAAAUCACAACUUUGAAAAAAUACAACAUCCUUGCCAAAUUCUUCCUGGAUCAAAGGUUCAUUGGAGACGGGACUGUUUUGAAAAGCACAUGGUGAGUGUAUACUCUUCAUACGUUAACAAUUUGAGGAUUAUCUUGGUGAUUUCAUGCAAGGACUGAAGAUGUGUCACUGGUGUUAUACAGUUUAUAGAAAGGGGAAAGGAAAAUUGGAUUAAAAUUAAAG